AGUCAUACACGUAGUAAGUGAUGUCACAUAUACAAGAGGGGAUAGCUCAUAUAUGAAACUUUUGGACCAUUAAGCUAGAGAAAACAAUAUCAUAUUGUAAAAUAUCAGCAAAUUAAACCCAUUAAUGUGUAGACUCGAAUUUUUUGACCAAACUCUUUUUCCUUCUUCUUCUAAGAUUCAAGAGCAAAAGAAACCACAAGGAAUACCAAUCCAUGUGUAAACUUUUUGACUUUUUCCCUGCACAUGAAAUAGAAUACUUCAAAAAAUUGCAUAGAAAUUUAGGAUAAAGCAAUUUUUUAUAGGUCUUAACCUGUACCUGUAGGAGGGUCAAGGGGACAACUUUAUCGAAGAGUAAUAUUAUAUGAUUUUCCUCUCCAAGAAAAUAUAACAAACAAGCGACUAGCCAGCAACUCACCACCUCUUUCCAUUUUCUUCUUCCUCAAAAGCUCUGGUUAAUUUUCUUUGGUUGUUUGCCUCCAUGGGACGCAAAACAAAGCUCAAAGACCUAGUAGGGGUAAUCAAAGACAAAGCCUCACAAAGCAAAGCUGUAAUUCUAUCAAAACCAAGCACUCAUUCUCUCCACCUUGCACUCCUCCGAGCAACCACUCACGACCCUUUCACACUGCCAAAUCCCAAACACGUCCACACCUUUCUCUCCUUCGGCCACAGCUCACGCGCCACCGCCUCCACCGCCAUCGAAGCCCUCAUGGACCGCCUUCAGAGCACCCACGACUCCUCCGUCGCUCUCAAAUGCCUCAUCCUCGUCCACUGCAUAGUCAAACACGGAAGCUUCAUUCUCCGAGACCAGCUCUCUGUCUUUCCCUCCAAUGGCGGCCGAAACUACCUUAAACUCUCCGACUUCCGAGACACUUCGAGUCCCAUAACUUGGGAGCUUUCCACAUGGAUCCGAUGGUACGCUGAAUACAUCGAGUCUCUUCUAUGCACGUCUAGAGUUCUCGGCUUCUUUCUUGGCUCAUUUUCUGAUAAGGAUCGAAAUGAAGAGCGAGUUUCGGCCCUUUUGAACUACGAUUUGAUUAGGGAGACCGAGUCGCUGGUGAGUCAGCUCGAGGUGAUUUGUCGACAGCCCGAGUCGUUGCAUUUGAAUGAUAAUUUGUUGGUGGGUGAGAUUAGGAGAUUGGUGGGUAAGGAUAGCUUAUCGGCCAUGAAUGAAAUUUCUGUCAGAGUCCAUGAGUUUGGUGAGCGGCUGAGUUAUCUGAGCUUUGGUGACUCGGUUGAGUUGGUUUGCGAGUUGAAAAGGUUAGAAGAUUGCAAAGAGAAGCUGAUGUCUUCGUCCACCGUGAAGAAGGAAAUGACAGAAAGGUUGUGGAUUGAGAUAGGAGAGAUUAGAGGGAGGAUUGAUGGGAAGGCGAAAGAGAAUGAUGAUAGGUUGGUGAAGAAAGUGAAGGGAGAGAGAUUAAGCGAUUCGGCUCGGUUUGGGGAACGAGUCAUGAGGUCCGGUGACUCAGUCCGCUUUUCAUCUGCAAGGUUUGCCGUCAAUUACAGGUUUUCUUUGCCGAUAAUAGACUCAAUGGAAUAGCGUGUGAUUGGUGAUUAAUUAAGAAUUUUCAAUAUGUAAAAAAUUAAUUUGUAAUUUAAUUGUUUACGAUAUUAAAUUUUGAAACUUCCUUUU